GGGCGGAAGUGGCGUCAUAAGGCGUUGACGUAGAGAAUCCACAGGGCAGGAGUAGGCUCGUCGAAUUCUCUCGUAUUUUAUUCCGAUGUCUGAUGCAAGUGUUUUAUGUUACUAAACAAUUCACGAUUUAAACUUCCCUUCGGGCGUUCAGGCUGCUGCCUCCUUGCUCUCCGUGUUGCGGCCGGUUUGGAGUGUUGUUACCUCGCUCGGCUGCGGCUUUCGGUGCUGUUUUCGGGUCGAGUCAGCACUCCGUUGCUGGGGGAUUGAGAGGUGUCUUUCAUUCUGGGUGUCUGGGGGGGAUUUACUGAGGGAGAUCACACUGUGGUGUUACCGCUGCUGAGCGAAACGGGAGCCGAAAAGCAUCACCAUGGACUUCGAAAACAUACUGUCUAUUGCCUCUCAAAAUCAGGGACUCAGCAGCGUGCAGCAGAAGCGGUAUAGCCUGGUGGCGGGACCUCCGAAGAAGGACCCGAAAGUCAAAGGAGUACAGUCCACAGCUGUGCAGGCCUUCUUGAAGAGGAAGGAAAUGGAGGAGAGAAGGAAAGAGCUGGAGAACAAGCGAAAGAAGGAGGAACUGCUGGCUAAGAGAGUGGAACUGAAGUCAGAUCGCAAGGCACGUGCCAUGGCAUCUCGCACCAAGGACAAUUUUAAAGGCUACAACGGCGUCCCCGUGGUGGAGCAGCCCAGGAAGAGGCGGUCGCGAGCGGAGGUCGACGAGGAAGAGCAACAGGGCAGGGCGCGUGGCGAAAUCAGUGACGACGAUGAGGACAACUAUGAAUAUUCCCAAACAGAUUCUGAAGAAGAAGAAGAAAAAGAAGAAGAAGAAAAAAGAGAUCUUCGCAACGAACCUCCAAGCAAAAUGCCCGCCAGACCCAACAAGAAACCCUCUGCCCCAGCCAAGCCCACUUCAUCUCCCAUGAACUUUGCAGAACUCUUGAAACUGGCGCAGAAGAAACAGUUUGAACCAGUCGAGCUAAAACCUGCCAAAAAAUCCGAAGAGAGGCUCCGGACUGCGGAGGAGCUAAAGGAAUUGGAAUUCCUUGAACGCAAGAAUAAGAAAUUGGAGAAAGGAAGGGAAGCCAAGGUGGACAGAGACACUAAGACUCAGCCAGUCUCCAUAAAGAAAACCAUACCAGAAAAGGAUGCCAGAAAUGUAAAGCCACAGAAGAGCUCAUCAGAGAAGGUCCCCCCUAGUGGGAUAAGUAAAAAGCCAAAACAGCCUUCAUUCAGUGAACGACCUCAUAAUUCUGCCAAAUCCUCUCAGGUAGACAGAUCCAAACAUGUAGCAAACAAUUCCAAUUCCUCAGGUGCCUCUAGUAUGAAAAUGUCUGUGAAACCCAGUUCUCAACCCUCUGCCAAAACAUCUGUACCUAGGCCUUCCUCUGGUCAGAAACCUACUGCCACCAGUGACCAUAACCAGAUGAGAGGGAGCCCUUUCUCAUCUCCUGGGAAGACGGGCGGUUCACUGGCGCGCCCUGGGCUCAGUUCCAGCUCUGCUGCUGCACGGCCUUCUAGCGUGGGGCAGAGUAGGCCGGGAAGCAGCGCUCAGGCCAGAGCUGGCACUGGCACGAACAGCUCUGUUAAAACGGCAAGUGCGGGGCUUUCCCGACCUGGAAAGGGUUCGACGGGGCAACCUGGCGGUAGUGUGCCGCCCCGUCCGGCCAGCAAUGGACAAAUGCGGCCCGUUGGCGCUGGAGUACCCAAAACGGGGAGCAACCUGCAGUCACGACCAGGAAACGGCCCCCAGGUCCGUCCUGCUGCCGCUGGGCCUGGGCCUGGGCCUGGGCGACCUGGUGGCAGCAUGCCUGGGCGACCCGGAAACAGCGUAGGUUCUGGUCCUGGUAGGCCCAAGUGCACAGUGGUGUCGGAAACCAUUUCAUCCAAAAACUUGGUCCCUCGACCCGGGACUGCCCCUAGAUUUCCUCCAGGUCAUAGGCCCAUGAUAAGACCGCCUGGUCCUCCUUUGCCGCCAAUCACUUCCAGCUACAAGCGCAGGUUUGAUGAUGUCAACGAGGAGGAGGAAGAGUAUGACUCUGAAAUGGAAGACUUCAUUGAGGAUGAAGGGGAGGAUCAAGAUGAUAUUUCAAAACAUAUCAGGGAAAUCUUUGGAUAUGACAAGUCCAAAUACAGAGACGAGAGCGACUAUGCACUGCGUUACAUGGAGAGCAGUUGGAAGGACCAGCAGAAGGAGGAGGCUAGGAGCCUGAAAUUGGCUGUAAUAGAGGAUCAGGAAGAGAUGCGUCGAGAGGAAGAAGAGCUUAAGAGGAAAAUGGCCAAGAGACAAAAAACGAGAUAACGCCGUUAAUCGGACCCGCGCACCUCGUGUUCGCCUCCACCCCACCCCCCAUCAUUCCUGAGUGCUCAGCCACUUGUUCACCCUAACCAGCCUUGUGUCUCUUUUCUAGUUUACGUUUGGGUAUCAAGGAGGAUGAGGAGGAUAUGCUGAAGGAGCAAGAGGAGAUGAAAAGGAAAAUGGCAAUGAACUCAAAACGGAGGAAA